CGUCGAAGGCAGUUGAGUCGGUGGUGGCUACAUGUGGAUAUCCGCCGGUUGCGACGAGAAUUUUCGUAUCAGGGAGCAGACGUUAACUUCCUCGCGUCGAAUCGCGGGAGCCGUGUUGUCGUAUCGCGCCGUAAACGAGAACGAUCCGCCGUUAGCCAUGCAGAUGGACCCGACGACGUUGCAGCUGAUCCAAGUCCUCGAGAGGACCGUCUCAUCGGAUAAGAAUGAGCUCCUGGCAGCGCAGAAUUUCCUUCAGCAGGCGGCCGAAACCAAUCUCCAUGAAUUUGUGCAACGACUCAGCGCUGUGCUGGUCACAGUCGGUGCGAGCCCCGUCGCCCGCAUGGCAGCGGGUCUACAGCUCAAAAACCAACUUACCUCCAAGGAUCCUGAUAUGAAAUACCAGUACCAGCAACGCUGGCUUACCAUCCCUGUUGAAACGAGGGAAUAUAUCAAGAAAAAUAUUUUAGGAGCACUGGGAACGGAAAACAAUAGGCCAAGCUCUGCGGCACAAUGCGUUGCUUAUGUGGCUGUUGCCGAGUUAGCAGUAGGACAGUGGACUGAGUUAAUUCAAUUGUUAGUCAAUAAUGUUGUCAACCCGUCCAGUACCGAGAUGAUGAAGGAGGCUACUCUAGAGACUAUCGGAUAUAUCUGCCAAGAGAUUGAAAGCGAAGUGUUAGUAUCACAAUCAAACGAAAUUCUUACCGCUAUCAUUCACGGUAUGAAAGGUUCCAGCACGUCAAAUCACGUUCGACUAGCGGCUACAAGUGCCCUGUACAAUUCUUUGGAAUUCACUAAAGGAAACUUUGAGAAAGAGACGGAACGAAACUUCAUAAUGGAAGUUGUGUGUGAAGCCACUCAGUCUACCAAUACUCAAAUCAGAGUGGCUGCGUUACAGUGUCUUGUGAAAAUUAUGUCACUGUAUUACCAAUACAUGGAACCAUAUAUGGCUCCAGCACUGUUUCCUAUUACUUUAGAAGCUAUGAAAUCUGACGUUGAUGAAGUAGCACUUCAAGGAAUAGAAUUCUGGUCGAACGUGUCUGACGAGGAAGUGGAUUUAUCGAUGGAAGAAGGAGAGGCAUCAGAAGGAGGCCGUCCACCGUUAAAAGUCUCACGGCACUAUGCUAAGGGAGCUUUACAAUACUUGGUACCGGUGUUGAUGAAAAAAUUGACUAAGCAAGAAGAGUUUGAUGAUGAGGAUGAUUGGAAUCCUUCAAAGGCUGCUGGAGUUUGCUUGAUGUUACUAUCCUCUUGCUGCGAAGAAGCCAUUGUUCCGUUCGUUCUUCCCUUUGUCAAGGAUAAUAUUAAGAGUCCCGACUGGAGGUAUAGAGAUGCGGCUCUGAUGGCAUUUGGUUCGAUUCUCGGUGGUUUAGAACCAGCAACAUUAAAACCGUUGGUAGAACAAGCCAUGCCCACUCUUAUCGAGCUGAUGUACGAUAGUAGCGUAGUCGUUCGCGAUACCGCUGCGUGGACGUUUGGCCGCAUAUGCGAGAUGAUUCCAGAUGCCGCGAUCAACGAAACCUAUUUGAAACCAUUACUGGAGUCUUUGGUGAAUGGACUGAAGGCAGAGCCGCGGGUUGCUGCCAAUGUAUGCUGGGCAUUUACGGGAUUAGCAGAAGCGAGUUACGAGUCUGCCGAGGCGAGCGAAGACGGUAAUCAACCGGAAACAUACUGCAUGUCUCAAUACUUCGAUUUUAUCAUUCAACGACUUUUGGAGACUACCGAUCGACCAGACGGAGCUCAGGCGAAUUUGAGGUCCGCCGCAUACGAGGCUCUCAUGGAGAUGGUGAAGAACUCACCGCGUGAUUGUUAUUUAACCGUACAAAAAACAACAAUGGUGAUACUUGAGCGACUGCAACAGGUAUUGCAGAUGGAGUCACAUAUACAGAGUCAUUCGGAUCGCGCCCAAUACAACGAUUUGCAGUCGUUGCUUUGUGCGACUUUACAGUCUGUCUUGCGUAAAGUCACCCCGGAAGAUGCACCGCAGAUAUCUGAUGUAAUAAUGACUGCUCUACUGUCCAUGUUUAGUUCGAACUCCUGCAAAUCGGGCGGUGUACAGGAGGACGCGCUCAUGGCUGUUUCGACCUUGGUUGAAGUGUUGGGCGAAGGUUUCCUAAAAUAUAUGGAGGCAUUCAAGCCCUACCUCUGUCUCGGCUUAAAGAACUAUGCCGAAUAUCAGGUGUGCUGCGCAGCAGUCGGUCUUACGGGUGAUAUUUGCCGUGCUCUUAAGAACAAGAUGCUUCCUUACUGCGACGAAAUUAUGACUCUGUUACUUGAAAAUCUCAGCAAUAAUGCCGUUCAUCGCUCAGUUAAACCGCAGAUUUUUUCGGCUUUCGGUGACAUCGCCAUGAGUAUCGGACCGGAAUUCAAAAAAUAUUUGGAUGUUGUAUUGCAGACGUUGGUUCAGGCAUCGCAGGCUAACGUGGAUAGAAGCGAUUAUGAUAUGAUCGAUUACUUGAACGAGUUACGCGAGGGCGUUCUUGAAGCUUAUACCGGCAUAGUUCAAGGUCUCCGCGGCGAUGGGAAUAACUGUCCGGACGCCGCUAUUGCCCUUAUCGAACCGCACGUGCCGUUCAUCAUACAAUUCAUCACCUCGAUAGCACAGGACCGUGAACAUUCCGAAGGUAAUGUGUCGGCUGCGGUAGGCCUUCUAGGCGAUCUCGUUAUGGUAUUUGGAGCUAAGCUGCUACCCAUGGUGGAGACUGAGCCACUCAAUGAUUUGCUGGUCAAGGGCAGGAAGUCGCGCACUCACAAAACUAAACAGCUCGCGAGCUGGGCUGCGAAAGAGAUUCGAAAGCUCAAGAGUGCUAGUGUUGUCAAUGCUACGUCCAGUUGAUCACCCCACGGUUGUACUGUCGUGCAAUUUGAUUUGACUAGAAAGCUAUCAAACACAAUACAAAGACAACAAGAUUGGAUGGUGCGGAUGCGAGUUGAUGGAUGUGCGUGAGUUCCGAAGCGAUGACGAGAUGAGGUGAUGAGUCUGCACGUGUCCCUAUCUGGCGACGGUAUUUUAUCGAUAUAAUAUAUCGGUGUCAAGCGCAACCCAUAUGAUCCGAGAGAAAGAAUUUUUUAGUGAGAAAGCGAGAGCGAGAGAAAGCGAGAAUGAGAGAAAGAGAGAGAGCGCGAGACGGAGAGAAUAACAAAUAAAAAAAUAAAUACCUGUCUGCCGGAUGCUGACAACGGAUGAUGACGAGUGCAAGUGGAUGUUGCCGAUGAAUGAUUCAAGAUCAAAUGAAAAGUCUGCCGAGAAGACAGGGAGAAAGAGAUGAUUUUGGUUGCAAGUGUGCCUGCGGCUUUUAUCCGUGAAUGAUUGAAAGAUCAAAGCCCAAGAAGAGAGAAAGAGAGAGAUUGAAAAAGGACGCCUUCGAUGAAUAAUUAUGGUGAGCAGUAAGAGAAAUGAACGGAAGAGAAGACACGAGAGAGCGCGACAGGAAUACCAAACGAGGUGGAGAAUAUGAAGAAUAUAUACACAUACGAGUGAGGGAGAGUGAGAGCGAGAGACUCAGGGAGAAUUUCCGAAAUAAAGUGAUAGCAUGAUAGAGAUAUAAAAAAGAGCGAAUGAAAAUAUAAAAUGUAUGAUGUAAUAAUGCGUAUGCGAAUGUGAAAGAGAGAGUAUGCACGUGUGUGUGUGUGUGUGUGUGUGUGUGUGUGUGUGUAUAUGUGUAUGUGAGAAAGAGAGAAAAAACGAGAGUCUUUUAUUUACAGUGACUCACCGUUGACUCGUUGUAAAGCUCGUACCGAGCUUUUCAACGACGUGCAUCAAAUUUUGAAUCGCAGUUUUUAGCUAUCGAUGCUUAAAACUGUGUUGUAUUUACACGAGUAAGAAAAAGUAUCGCUUUCAUAUGCAACAGAGUAAAGCUUGAAUGAGCAACGAAGGAGAAAAAGAGAAAGAGAGAGACAGCGAGUAGGUUGGGAAGAUUAUAGAACUGAUCCUUGAUCCGAUCAUGCUGCGUGAGAAUCCGUGUGAUUCGUUGUGUAUGAGAUGAUGCGUAUGUUACUUUUUCCCCGUAUGUGAAUGUCUGUUGCUGUUGAUUGGAUAAUUAAAGUUAAAUGUUUUGAUGGCACAAAUGAUUUAGUUGUACCGAA